UGCCCAAUAGAAAACAUCGACACUGGUGCGGAUCAACGGAUUUGCUUGAAGGUGGAUUGUUGUGGUUUUGGCAAAGCAGCAACGUCGAAAACAGCAACAGAAGACAAAAAGUUGUCACUGUCGCCAAGUGUACAGUUAUAGCUAUGAGUCUGUCCUUAAGAACCGAACUAGCUACCGAUAAAACGAAGAGGAAGAAGAGGAGAGAGUUGACCGAGGAGCAGAAACAUGAAAUCAAAGAAGCGUUCGAACUGUUCGACACUGAUAAAGAUAAGGAAAUAGAUUACCACGAACUUAAGGUGGCAAUGCGUGCUCUAGGCUUUGAAGUAAAAAAAGUCGAUGUCCUGAAGAUACUGAAGGAUUACGACAGAGAGGGAAAUGGCAAAAUAACGUUUGACGACUUCAAUGAAGUUGUGACAGAUCGAAUGCUGGAAAGGGAUCCUAAGGAGGAGAUCAUGAAGGCCUUCAAGCUGUUCGACGACGACGACUCAGGCAGGAUCAAUUUAAGGAACCUGAGACGAGUGGCACGAGAGCUGGGCGAGAACAUCAGCGACGAGGAGCUGCGCAGCAUGAUUGACGAAUUCGACACCGAUGGCGACGGAGAAAUCAACCAGGAAGAGUUCCUCUCCAUAAUGACAGGAGACUCGUGAUUGGACGCCUGCUGUGCGAGUGGGUUCUAGGGAUCCUGCGAUCCGUGGUUGAAACCUGGGUGGUCAAGACCACGUAAGGGUCAUUUCAGCAUCAGUGCCUGGGGAACGUCUCGUCACGUUUGGAGGAUGGAGAAGAAAAACUGCUAAAUCCAUCCAUUUGUAAAAGUAAAACAACCCUCUGAAGAAAGGCUUCAAACGGCUUGUUUUGCUGUCACAAAUGGGUCUGCAUAGCACUGCUUUUCAGGACUCGGAUGAAGACCGUGAGGAAGAUCUGUAAAGCAGCCUCUCUGUACUGUUCAUUGAUCAAAGUAGCUGGUCACUUUGCUGUAACCCAGUUGCCAACCAUGCGAUAUUCCUUUCAAGGAGAACUUUCAUUGGUAUUCAUAGUGAGGGUAAAACGUUUUGUUGUAGAUGGAGUUGAGAGCGUUCUGGAUGAUACCUUGUUUUAAAUGGCAUUUCUAUUUUGUAUUCUCCAAAGUGUUUGGCUGUGCUAUUUAUUUGACAAGAAAAAUAUAAUAAAAAUUGAUAAUGACA